CGAACGGGACCGGACCGGACCGAGCGGGGCCGAACGGGACCGGACCGGACCGAGCGGGGCCGAACGGGACCGGACCGGACCGAGCGGGCCGGCGGCGCCAUGAGCGGCUCCGCGGAGGAUGAGAGGCUGCGGGUGCAGCAGCUCCGCGCCCUGCGGCGCCGCUGGCUGCGGGACCAGGAGCUGAGCCCGCGGGAGCCCGUCCUGCCGCCGCGGCAGCUCGGGACCGUGGGCGCUUUCUGGGAGCGCUUCCUGCAGCCGGGCGGGCUCUGGCGGCAGCAGGUGCACAAGGCCUACCAGACCGGCAACUUCGUCAUGCUGCGGGUGCUGCUCCCCGCCUGGGCCAUCACCUACUUCCUGAAGUACCAUCUCCAGAAAACACCGCACGGUGUGGUUGUGACAAAUGCACGGAUAUUCCCUGGGGACAGGAUUUUAGAGACUGGAGAGAUCAUGCCACCCCUGAAAGAAGAUCCCCACGGGCACCACUGAUGGCCAGGAGCCGAUUUCCUCCUUGGGUGAACACGGCGAGAGCUGCACCUGCCUUGUCUCUUCUAUAAAAGAGUUUAUUCUGUGUUGUCUCA